AUGAAUAAAAAGAAUAAAAAAACAAGCAUAUAUAGAUAUUGUGCAUUUGUAGGAUCAAAGAAUUCAUAUUUAUAAAUUUUACAAGAUAAUAAAAUUAUUCAUAAAGAUCAAUUCAAUGCAUUUCAUUGUAAGAAAGAAAAACUAUUUGCAAGAAUCAUUGUACCACAAAAUUAAGAAAAUCUAUUUAAAUUAUAAGUUCAUAUAUCUAAAUACUAUCAGCAAUUGUACCCUUUUAGAAACUCUGUGUUUUUUUUGACUAAAAAUGAUUUAGACACUUAUAGGUUGGACUUUAAACAAAAACCUUUAAAUCCGAUAAAAUUAAUUAGAUUAUGUUUGUUGCUUUAAUUUGAAUAAAUGCUAAUUGUUGUAGAAACAGAUGAUUAAAUUGAGAAAUUCAAAGUAAUUCAAAAAGAAAUUGAGUUAUAAAUAAUGAAUGCAUCAGAACAUAAUAAACUAGUUACAAAUUAUUCGUAUACAACUAAUGAAAAGUUUAAUUUUGAAUUAAUAAAAAAAAAUAAAAUAAACCUGGAUUUAGAAACAAAAUAUUUAGAAACAAAUUUUUUAGUGACAAAUGCAAUAGAUGACUAAAAUGCAGAAGUAGCAGUAGUGAAUGGAGCCCUUUUUAAAGGUCAAAAGCUGUAUAUUGAAAAGGAAGCAAUUUUAAUAUAAAAGAUAGUAUCAUUCAACAAAGAAAUAGCAGUGGCUAUAGAAGGCAUGAUAGUUUAGAUAUAAAUUGAUAAAAAAAUAUAAUUACAAGAAGGAAGUAUAGGAUGUUAUACUUAAAUUCUUUUAACAGAGAUUCAAAUAGAUAUUUAUUCAUAACUUCCUGCAUAAGAAAAGCCUCUUAUGUGUGGUGAUUUUUUUUAUUAAAUUUGUAAUUGGAAGAAAUCUAUUGUUUUUGAAAAGAAUCAGAAAAAAUUAUCAAUAACAUUAUAAUUUGCUGUGAAAAGAUAAUUGUUGAGUUUUAAUAAAUGGGGAAAUAUAAUAAGUUUUUCUAAUUAUAGUAGUUAAAUUUAAGCAAUAGGGAUAAUUCGUUAAGUUUAAAAGAUGGUGUAAUUUCCAGGAUUAUUAAUACCAACAUAUGGAUUUGAAUAAUAGUUUAAUGAGGAAAGUGAAUCAAGACGAAAGUUUAUUUGCAAAUGUAGAUAAUGUAAAAUGAUGUUGAUUGAUAGUAUAAUGAUACCAUGUGGACAUGUAAGAUAUUGUAAUGGUUGUGCUGAGAUAAUGAAAGAAUGCUAUUAUUGUGAUUAAAAAACAAUUUGUUAUGGUGUAGUAUAAUUAAGAGAAUGUAAUCCAAAUUUACAUAAAUUAUUGAUACAGGGAAGUUUAGAAGAAAAGUUUUUGGAUCAUACAAAUUUUAAAGUGAUUCCAAAAAUGAUAUAAUUUGAAUUAGAAUAAUAAGCAUAGAGUCCUAAUUUGUAUUUAAAAUGUAUAAAAUGCAGAAAAGAAUUAAUAUCUAAUAUAUUAGUUAAUGAUAAAUAGAAAUAUGAAUUUGUAUGCAAUUAUUGUGCAAAUUAAGCAAAUAGAGAGGAGUGGAAGAUUGUAAGAAUUGAAUAUCAAUGUUUAUGA